GACUCUUCAAUUGCUUCCUAUCCAACUCGCCCCUCCACACAGCACCCUUCUCUCUUCAUCAAAUCACAUCAAAAAUGGUCAAGGCCGUAGUCGCUGGAGCUUCCGGAGGCAUCGGACAGCCCCUCUCUCUGCUCCUCAAGAACAACCCGCACGUCACCGAGCUCGCCCUCUACGAUGUUGUAAACACUCCAGGUGUUGCUGCUGACCUGUCUCACAUCUCGACCCCCGCAGUUGUAAAAGGAUACCUGCCCAAGGACGAUGGUCUGAAGGGCGCCCUCACCGGUGCUGACAUUGUUGUCAUCCCCGCUGGUAUUCCUCGCAAGCCUGGCAUGACGCGCGAUGAUCUGUUCAAGAUCAAUGCCGGCAUUGUCAAGGGCCUCAUCGAGGGCAUUGUCCAAUUCUGCCCCAAGGCUUUCGUCCUCAUCAUCUCCAACCCCGUCAACUCGACAGUCCCCAUCGCUGCCGAGGUUCUCAAGAAGGCUAAUGUCUUCGACCCCAAGAAGCUCUUCGGUGUCACCACCCUAGACGUCGUUCGUGCCGAGACAUUCGUCGCCGAGAUUAUUGGCGAGAAGAACCCCGGAAACCUCAACAUUCCCGUCAUUGGUGGCCACUCUGGCGAGACCAUUGUCCCGCUCUUCAGCCACGCUAAGCCAAGCGUGAACAUUCCAGCAGACAAGAUGGAGGCUCUUGUCAAGCGUGUUCAAUUCGGUGGUGAUGAGGUCGUCCAGGCAAAGGAUGGUGCUGGUUCAGCCACCCUUUCCAUGGCCUACGCCGGAUAUCGAUUCGCCGAAAAGGUCAUCAAGGCCGCCAAGGGCGAGAAGGGCAUUGUCGAGCCGAGCUACGUCUACCUCCCCGGUGUCGCGGGUGGUGACGCGAUUGCUAAGGCUACUGGAACCGAGUUCUUCUCUGUACCAAUUGAGCUUGGUCCCAGUGGUGCAGAGAAGGCCAUCGACGUCGUCAGCAGUGCGAACGACCACGAGAAGACUCUCCUCAAGGCCUGCUACGAAGGCCUAGGUGGCAACAUCAGCAAGGGUGUUCAGUUCGUCCAGAGCCCUCCUUCUUAGAGGAACUAUAGACCUCCAUGAUGUAUGAAGCGAGACGAAGCCAGCUGAAGACAUGUAUUGGCAUACCCAUGAGCCAAUGCCACUGUGAGCAGAAGAAUGAAUAAAUUUAUGAACACCACA